UAUUUUUUGCAAAAUAUGAAUUUCUCUGGCAAUAAAUGCUCCCCAAGUUUACGCAGCCCUGUUGCCCAAAAACAGCAAAGCCGGCAACUGUCUCGCAUCAAUGUGCAGGAAAGCUUGGAGCAUCGCCAGAAACGUGUAGAGGCCAGAAACUAUUUGAAAUGGGGUUUUAUUAACGUAGUUUUGUUGACAUUGAUCUGUGCCGAUCUGUGGCAAACAUGCCUCUCGAUGCGCGAAACCCUAUGGUAUCAAGUCGAAUUCUCAGUUGCCGUUUGCAUCUCCCUCAGCGUCGCCGCUUGUGUUGGAAAAUAUUUUUGGUGGCUCUGCAUUGACAGCACACCACUGUGCGUAACGGAAGUGCAACGGUGUCUGCUGGACGAAGGAAAUGAUAAUACCUUUCCAUGCGCAAAGAAUCUGUCAAAGCCGAGUGCGUGUGCUCCGGAAUAUGACGAUCUCCCAGGACCCAUUAUCAAUUGGCACUCUUCAUUCGAAGACUCCCGCUGGAACUCGCAGUCGGCUCGCCGCAGUGUUAGUCCAACGCGCAGCCCGCUUCAGCAAAGAACGAAGCAACAGCAACAGUUCCAUCAGUCCUACAAUCGCUCCAUGGGCAAUCAAUCUCACAAUCGCUCCAUGGGCAAUCAAUCCCACAAUCGCUCCAUGGACAAUCAAUCCCUCAAUUGCUCCAUGGGCAAUCAUUCCUACAAUCGCUCCAUGGUUGGAAAUAGCUCGCUCAAUGCCACCAAUGUGAGCAACGACUCCGUCUACAUGUCGCCCUAUGCGGAAGUUUGUCGCGACGAUUUUCCCACUGACGUGCGAAAGCUGCCCGCAUUGAUGCGAAGGGCAGAGCUGGAGAGGGAGCGUAGCUAUGCCGAAAUGGCAGAUACAUCAACGAUGCAGAACAUGGGCGCAACCAAUUCGUUUUGGAACUAUUGCAAUAAUGCUGCCUUUAUGCUGAAGCGUACCAUCUAUCAAUUGGCACCAGCGCCAGUGCCCUCCACAGAGAAUGCGCCCUCGUCCAUCGAAGACUUUGGCAUUGUUCCAUUCAAGGAUAGCAACUCGGAGGUCAUCAAGCACAUCUCAACUGCUAAGCUGACGCAGUAUAUAAGCAAUCUCAGAUAUUGGAUCUCGACGACCAUAUUGCAGCGCCUAGUCAAGCAGAUUGAUAACAUGGACGAAAUCUUUCGUCAGCGUGGCCUUAGCGACUUCAAGAUUGGCGCCGUGGGUCUCGAACGCUUGCGCAAGAUGGCAGAGAAUCAGCAAUUCGUGCAGAGCUGCGCGCCCAUGCUACCGCUGCUGUUUCCAUUUCUAGACACCUUCACCAAUCAAGAGUAUCUGGUCCAGCGCAUUAGAGAUCUUGCGGAGGGCUCUUGCAUGGGCGACUAUCGCUGGAACUCGGGCGAUUCGUACAAAGGCAAAGUGUGGGGCACCCAUCUGCCCACAGACGCAGCAAUAGUGUUCCAUCUGUUCUGCGUUUACUUUGACAGCCAAUUGAUGCCACUGCCGCAGGGUGGCGGCCGUCCCUUCUACUCACGCUAUGUGCUUAUACGCGAGGAGAAACGCUCCACCAAAGAGAUUAUAAAAGCUGUUAAUAACAAGGCCCACUGCGCCAUACUCGUGACGAACAUUCAGCUGAAGCCGAAGUUCAAUUUCAUCAGCGAAAAGGAGCUGCACAAUUGCGCCAAUGAUCGCAACAAUUUGUUUUAUGUUAUCAUACAGUUCCUGAUUUAUAUGCGCAGCCAUCAGGAAUCGAUGCUCGAAGGCGUCAAUUUGGGCAAGAGCGGCAUUAACAUAAUGUGCGUAAUCGGAGACUGAACAACUAGCUAGAUAGAGACAUUUAUAGGCAUUUCUGGACUUGGCCGGUGUAGUGGCAUGACCGGCACACCCACACACACACAACUAAAAAAAUUUAUAAUUAUUUAUAUAUGUACGUUUAUUGUUACACUGGCUGGACAAGCCAUAGCACCGCAUAUUGAACUAUUAAA